UCAGCUUCGCGCUUUCAAUUCCUCGCUUUAUUAGACCUUUUCGGCCCCAGACCCAGGUUCUCCGCAGCUGCAGGCCAGCCUUACCUUAUCUUCUUGUAGUGACACGAUACGUGGAUUACGUGCAUAGCCGAUAGGUAGACAAUCAGUCAGCCGAAAUAUCCCCGCCGAUAGCAGACCUGCGGCGUGGGCAGCGAUAAGUGCCAAAGGUUCUUGUUCCAGAACAUCUCGCAGAUACAACUGUGAGCAUGGCACCCUCCGAUCCUCGAAAGCCGCACGAGCUGGCCCACGGCGGCCUGGGACCGCCUCCGCUCACUGCAGCUGAAGUCUUCGCCCAUCCCGAAUACCAUCAUACCAACUGGGAUCUCCAGCCCGAUCAGAAGGACAAGGUCGAAGUCGCCCGGGGUCGAGGUGGCCCUUUCAAAAUCGCCUACGAGAUCCACGGACAUGGACCGUCCAGGAUCAUUUGGAUUAUGGGGCUCGGGGGGUUCAUGAAGACAUGGCAACGACAAACCAGAGACUUCGGCCAUACCGAGGCGGACAAGUACACUUGUCUGGUGUUUGACAAUCGGGGCAUGGGUGAAAGCGACAAGCCUCUGCUGCGGUACACCACUUCAGAGAUGGCCAAGGAUGUCGUGGAAUUGCUUGAUCAUGUGGGCUGGACCCAACCCAGAAGUGUUCACGUCGUUGGUAUCAGUAUGGGCGGCAUGAUAUCUCAGGAACUAGCCGCACUCAUACCGGAGCGGAUAUGUAGCCUGAACCUGAUAUCGACAGCACCUCGUGUGGUACGAACGAUCCCAUUCCUCGACAACAUCAAGAACCGCAUCAAUUUGGUCAUUCCCAAAUCGCUGGACAAUCAGCUCGCCAAAGUAAAAGGCGACUGUUACUCUGUAGAGUGGCUCGCACGUCCCGACGAGACCGAAUACGUCGUCCAACCCUUCCCCACCAACGGCGACAGAUUUGCCGCUGGGGAGCUCAGCAAACGAAUGGAUCCCGGUGCAUUCAGCGGCACAGGCUUUAUUUGCCAGCUCUACGCCGCAGGUUUCCAUCACAAGUCCCCCAAACAACUGCAGAAGAUUGCCGACGAUAUCGGACGUGAACGCAUACUGGUGCUGCACGGCAAGCAAGACAAGAUGCUGGGCUUCGUGCACGCUGAAAUGUUGAUCAAAGACCUCGGUGGCGAUGGAAGUGGAAUUACGACCUCGAUACAUGAAACGCUCGGCCAUGUGGCGCCUUUUGAACUUCGGAAAGAGUUCAAGAAGCUCAUUGCUGAUCGCAUCGAGAAGACGGAAGCUUUGCACAAAUAGUAAGCAUUGCGGAGGCAGCAUUGAGAAUUUGACAUGGUAAUAGCGAUGAUAUCAUGUGUGCAUUGGCGGCAGCGAGCACGUGCAUUUCAGCGAAAAUUUCUACAUCCAACCAAUACAGUCUUCGUCGUCUUUAAUGGCAUCCGAGAUAUGUUCCUCGGCCGUCCCUAAGCGCACUCGUCCUGCACGGUCUCCAUGUCUACUCUCCAGGCCAAUGAUGCCAGCCUCAGAUAGCUCCUGCGCGGCCACUCCAAGCCCCAAGACGCGUGCUGCGCGUUCCAUGUCCUUUUUCUGGGCUGGCCGACCGCGCUUCUGAGGCGUCAUUACCAAACCAUCUGUCGUUUCGCCAUCGUGUUGAGCUGGGUUCGGAACGACAGCCAACAAGUGAGUUGCGACGAUCUUAUUGGUCGUCAUGGUGCUCAUGCGAUGGGCUUCGUCGACGACAUCUGCAAGUGUAGACUCAGUGAUACCAGUUCGACGCAGUCUCGCAAGGAGAGCCGCAAGGAAGAGCUUGCUUGCCAUGGGCAGCGAUCUCAGAUGUACCGCUAACGGGGUCAAAGUGGCUUCGUUGAUGGCCCUUUUGAUGGUCGCAAUAGUAACGAUACCUUUCGUGGCGCUUUUCAACGUCUUGCUCGGCGUAGUCAGAGGCUGAUUCUCCUGUUCCGCCUGGUCAUGCUGCGCGAGGUCCUGCUCUGCGAGUUCAACGGCACGACGACAUAUGUCAAGCGCACGCCUGGCAUCGCCCGAAACAGCAGCGACCUUCCGACUCGCAAAUUGGACUGCAUCUGGAUCAACGACGACUUGGCCGACGCCCUCGAGACGACUUUGUAUGAUGGUCAUCAGUUGCGUGUGCGUAUAUCCCGGAAAGGUGAUGCGUGUCAAACCAAGUCUGCUCGAUAUUUUAUUGGACAAGGUCCGCUCAGGCAAAUCCAUCGUGUUGGCAACGGCUAACACGAUGAGCCGUGAAUGUCGAAGUUGUGGCCAAUUAAAGAAGUUGUACAUCACGCCUUGGUUGCGCGUCACGAGCUGGUCGAGCUCAUCCAUCAGGACCACGCAGGGUACGCGCCGCGGACUGGGCGUAGUGAAUUCACGUUCUAGCAACUCCAGGGCAUGUGUGGAGCUGACCCGAUCGCCCUUGAGAGCUUCCCAUAAUAGACUGUAUGACUGAUGAGGCUCUGUAACCUUCAUACCGUUAAUCUCCACGAAGUAAAAGUCAUCUAGCUUCUCCUCGGCGACAGCUGUUUGGAGACUGCUCACCACCUCUCGCACCGUGGCUGUCUUGCCAGUCCCGGGAGUUCCAGAAAUGUAGAUGCACGAUCCUGUACCCGCCGAGAUGGCCGUUUCCAGAUGCGCAUACACUGACUCAAACUCUCUCUCUCUGCAAGGCAGGGCGUGAGGCACAGCAGAGACGUGCAGUGUUGACCUUGCAAGCUGAUACGGUGAUGCCUGAGUCUGUGAAGUCGCAAGCACUCUUGUGCCCAGCGGCGUAAACUCAAGAGGCUUCUUAGCAACAAUUUUGCGCCCCGUAGGUGUGAGGAAUUUCCGAGGUGUGGAUUUUUUGGCUCGUGAUGGCGUUGAGAGUGCGGAUGCCAUCUU